UAUUAUUCAGGAAAAAUUGAAAAUGUUUUACAAAAUUGAAUUUUUUGUUAGGUAAAAUUUAGCACUUUCGUCCAGUUAGCACUGGCUCGGCUCGAUCAGUUCAAGUUCACCUCCAGAAGGGUAAGGAAUAAAAUUGUCAUCAGUACAGCAUACAAGUUUUUUUCACCCUACAAUCACGUUUCCCGGCACUUGUAAAAUAUCGUCGCGAGUAUUUUUCUAUUGUGCCCGUCACUAGCCUUCGGCUAGCCGCUAUUGCGGAAUAGAAACCCUUCGACCUGGCAUUACGAGUCCCGUUGGCUCGAACAUUUGGUCCUUCGAGCCGGAUCGAAGGACACCCCGGGCAGAAGAAUUAGUGAGUAGUAAUAUUAACCGAUCAGAUGCGCUGAUCGCUGAUUGCGUAGCACGUGGCAAGAUCUACGCAAUUGCGAUUGUGGUGAACAAAAGGUCCUGUAAAAUUCUGGACGCGCCAGAAUACAAGCUGCUUUGUUGAGUACGGUUAUUGUGUGCCAGAAUAAAACGUGAAGUUAGCGUCAUUCGAGAGCGUGGGUUGUACGACGCCAUCGUAGUUUUGAUCAAUAGAGUGCAAAGGGGCCAAGAUAACUCAGCUUGAGAUCCGAUUGCAUAUUCCCCAGCACAAGUGACUGUAAAUACCUAUCAAAGUGUGUGCGACCGAUUCGCGUCUGAAUUUCGUUAUUUCGCCGGGAAGGAUUUUCGUCCGCGUCGGGAAGGACCUGAUCGAUACCGUCCGCGUCGGGAAGGAUAACUCGAUAACGUCCGCGUCGGGAAGGAGAAUUCGAUAUCGUAAUCCGCGAUCGUGCGAAUAUAAAUCGGUGCACAAUGUCGAAGAAAGUACUCGGAAAAAGAUUGAGUGAGUUGAUGGUGAUCAGAAAGGGUCUGUACGUUGUUCGCGACUCUGUAGAAAAAUUUGUGGCACAUUCUAACUACGAAAGAGAUGCGUGUCAGAUUUUUGUUCGAUUGGAAUCAUUGGAUAGGAUGUAUCGUGAAUUUCUGGAAGUGCAAGGUGAGAUUGAGAGAACCGAUGAUUCAGACAAUCUUGAUGAUCAUCUCACAGAACGGGCUGACCUUGAAAUGCGAUACUGUGAAGCCAAAGGUUUUCUGCUGUCGGUUCGUAUGCCUGAUCCAAAUCAGACGGUUUUGAAUACGUCAAUGAUCGCUCCUGCGCCGCAUCCAUCCAGCAGUUUUCAUUUAAGGCUGCCAAAGAUAGAUCUCCCUAAAUUCAACGGUGACUUUUCUCGAUGGUUGUCGUUCCGCGAUACGUUUAGCUCAAUGGUCCACAGCAAUGACGAUAUCCCUCAAGUGGCCAAGCUCCAGUAUCUCCUCCAGUCUCUCGUAGGUGAAGCAAGAAAACCGUUCGAAAGAUUCGAGAUAUGGCAACCGUCGUUUCCUUAAAAAACAGCUUUUUCGAACCCUUCAUAAUCUACCACCGAUGAAGAAAGAAUCUGCUCAAGAGUUACACGAGCUCGUCGAUGAAUUUCAACGUCAUGUGAGAGCUCUCGCCAAACUGAACGAACCAAUUGAACAUUGGGAUACUCCACUCGUCAAUAUGCUGUCCUAUAAGCUCGAUCCAUCAACGCUCCGCGAAUGGGAGGAAAGGAGCAGUCAAGAUGAGGAAGUGAUCUUCGAUGACCUCGUCGACUUCCUAUAUCAGCGAGUACGAAUCUUGAAAUCCGUUGCGUCAGAUCUAUUACAACGUGCCCAGUCGGCUCAAGCAAAGGUGGUCGGCACCAGCGUCCCUCCGAAGAAGAGUUUUCAUCCACGAAUAGCAGCGAAUGCAGUUGCUUCCGAAGGCAAGUCAUCCGCUCCGUCUUGUCUAGUAUGUUCCGAGAGUCACUAUCUGUUCCAGUGUCCGGCUUUUGCCAAUAUGGCAAUCAACCAACGUCGUGAGUUAAUCUCCCAACGAAAGUUAUGUUGGAAUUGCUUCCGCACUGGUCAUGCGGCUAGAAGUUGCGGAUCAAAGUUCACAUGCCGCAUUUGUCGAGAUCGCCAUCAUACGUUGCUACACGAUUCCAACUCGUCAUCCAAAAGCUCCGUUACUCCAGCAGUGACGUCGACUCCUCCAGCCCAGCAAUCGAAUGCACCCACAUUGCCAAAUGUGGGAAAUGCAGGACCUUCCACUCCCCAAGUGAGUCUGCCGGUCCACUCCUAUUCCAGUACAGUCUUGUUGGAAACGGUUGCACUCCACGUCGUCGACGAUCAAGGGAAAAUCUUCGAAGCCAGAGCGUUAUUGGAUUCCGCCUCGAUGUCAAACUUCAUGUCGAGGAAACUUGCCAAUCUUCUUUCCAAUCGUCAAUCCAAAGUUGAUAUCGAUGUGGCAGGAAUCGGUCAGUCCAUGAAAAAACUGAAGCGGACUGUAACUGCCACCGUAAGGUCUCGAAUUCCGCUGUUUUCUACGAAGCUCGAGUUUUUAGUCAUCGAUAAACCUACCACUGAUCUACCUACAAUGCCAGUGCCUACAUCAUCGUGGAAAUUUCCAGAUAUAAAUCUUGCCGAUCCGCAGUUUCACACUCCCAGCCAAGUGGACGUCGUUAUAGGCGGAGAAACAUACUGGGAGCUCCAUACUGGCAAAAAGAUGUCCCUUGGACCAGGUCAACCACAAGUUAUCGAAACCCUGUUCGGUUGGACUGUAUCUGGUCCAGCCCCGCACAAUUCAUCCAUUGCAUCACCCAGAUGUUUUCUGACUGCCACUGACGACCGUCUCGAGGUCGUCAUUCAACGGUUUUGGGAAAUGGAAACAAUCGUCGAUCAACCUACCCAUUCAACUACAGAAAAACGAUGUGAAGAUUGGUACACAGCAACUACAAUUCGCGAUUCGUCCGGUCGUUACAAAGUUCGCCUGUCCAAGGUGGACGAUCCAGAAAUCGUUUUAGGCGAAUCUAGGGCUAUAGCAACACGAAGAUUACUUAGUCUUGAACGCCGAUUAGAGAGAGACACCAACGUGAAGUCAGCAUACCAUCUUUUCAUGGACGAAUAUGAGCGUCUUGGUCACAUGAAGCGACUGAACGAGCCAAUAGAUGACUGCAAGGAACAUUGCUAUUUGCCACAUCAUCCCGUUUUCAAACUUUCCAGCACUACAACGAAAACGAGGGUGGUGUUCGACGCGUCGUGCAAGACGACAUCGGGAUUCUCUUUGAACGACCGAUUACUAGUCGGCCCAGUUGUCCAGCAUGAUCUGUUGUCCUUGAUUAUGCGGUUUCGGAUUCACGCCAUCGCCUUAAUCGCCGACAUUGAAAAAAUGUACCGGCAAGUGCUGAUCCAUCCCGAAGAUCAGCCACUCCAAAGAAUCCUGUGGCGCACAAAUGCUACUGAUCCCAUCGCCACCUACGAACUACAAACAGUCACCUAUGGGACAGCAUCUGCGCCAUACCUAGCAACAAAAACGCUUCAACAGCUAUCACACGAUGCAGGUUACCAGUUUCCCGUCGCCGCAGAACCCGUUAUGGACGAUUUCUACGUUGAUGAUUUUUUGUCUGGAGCCGCUGAUGUGAAGACAGCACAGUGUAUUCAACGUGAAGUUUCCUCUAUGCUUGACUCAGCCGGUUUUUCUCUGAAGAAAUGGGCUUCUAACUCCGUUGAAGUCCUGGAGGGGGUCCCUGAAGAAGAUCGAGCAAUUCAACCUUUCUUCGAUCUGCAGGACGAGCAGUCUGUCAGCACCCUCGGCUUAAUAUGGGAACCCAAAACCGACACUUUCCGUUUCAAAGUACAAUUACCUCUGCCCGCUGCUGUCCUGACAAAGCGAAACGUGAUGUCAUACAUAGCUCAAAUUUUUGAUCCGCUAGGAUUGGUGGGUCCCACCGUCAUGAAAGCCAAGCUUUUUAUGCAGUGUUUGUGGGCAUUGAAAUCGGCCAAUAAUAAACGUUACGAAUGGGAUCAACCACUGCCACAAAAACUCCAGAACGAAUGGAAACAGUUUCAUACCACCAUCGAUCUACUCCGUCAGCUUAAAAUACCACGCUUCGUUUCCCUAAUCAAUGCAGUUAGCAUCGAGUUCCAUUUUUUGCGGAUGCGUCAGAAAAAGCAUACGGGACAUGCUGCUACAUCCGUGCCAAAUCGUUGCAACAAGUCUCCGUCCAGCUCCUUGCCUCGAAAUGCAAAGUUUCGCCACUCUCCGUACGGCAUUCGAUUGCUAGGCUGGAACUUUGUGCUGCCCGAUUAUCCAUCCAACUCUACAAGAAAGUUGUUGCCGCUUUGAAGGU